ACCUGGUACACCGGUUGUAACUCCCAAAACGGAUGUGGUAAGCAGCCUGUGAAGGGUUACACCGCCGCUCUCUCCUCUUACCUCUUUGGGUCUGCUGCGGGGUAUGGAAGCGCAUGUGGUAGGUGCUUUAAGCUGCAGGGUUAUGAAGACCCUUUCCAGCCGGGUGUUGUGUUGGGUACGCCGGCGGUUGUGGUUAAGGUCACGGAUAAGUGUCCAGCUGGUUCUCUCGACCCUCUCUGUUCCCAAACCGAAGAAACUCCCCUCAACAGCUACGGCGCACUCGCCAACUUCGAUCUCUGCAAAGACACCGGCUCAUUCCCGGCGUUCUUUGACCCUGCACAUGAUAUGGUGCUUUGCUCCUGGUAUGAAGUUGAUUGUGUGGAGUGGGAGGGAAUUGAUGGUGGGUUUGGAAGCACGAAUGCUACGGAUUAUUGGGGUGGGUAUGGAUGUUUGGCUGGGGACAGUGCGGACUUUUGGCCUGAGCAGGAUGGGUGUCCGAACAACGGGGAGGCGCAGCAUUAUUGUGAUAUUCACUCGUGUUCGAGUAGUGCGGCGAGCUCGGCUUCUGCGAGUGCGAGUGCCAGUGCCAGCGGAAGUGCUAGUUCGAAUGUGAGGAGCACGGCGGCGUCGUCGACGGUGGCCAGUGUGACUGCUACUGUUACUCCGCUAUGA